CCAGCUCACGUAGCCACGCAGCUCCGUGAGGAUCUCCACGUUUAUUUACUAAAACAGAUAUUUAAUUUAUCAGUAUGCAUUACUUUUAAAAAACUAUAGUAUUUUAUUCCCUAAUUAUUUACAAUUGUCACGUAUAUCACGGUUUUGUGGAGCAUUAACUUGCUGUCAGAUGGAAACUUUCGUCAGCUUCACUAACCAAAGUCAAGGCAGGGAUCGCCUAUUCAGGGCAACCCAGUAUGCAUGUGCACUGGCAAAAUACCUACUGAGAAAUGAAGCGAAAAGAAAAGAGCUGGUGACAAAGCUGCAGUAUUUGGAGUCUAAUAUGAGCUCUGGACGAAAACUAUUAAGGCUCGGGAACACUGUGAACUCCAUCCAUGCAGCCAAAAGCACUCUUCAAGUUUCUGACCCUGUGCUCCGUUUUUGCCUUACUUUGGCAAACCUCAACCGUGCCCUCUACUUCAUUUGUGACAACGUAAUGUGGGCCAGAAGUAUUGGACUUAUACGAGACAUCGACAAAGACCGCUGGAGUCUGAAUGCCACACGGUUUUAUUUUCUCUCCUUGAUCAUGAAUCUUACCAGAGAUGUGUAUGGCAUCAGCCAGCUUAUGAUGCAGAGGUCUCGGGAUAGAAACUACCAGCAAAAAGUCCACCAGCACCUUAAUGAAAGCCCGGAUGUGGCUUGUGUCAUCGUGCCUCAGCUUGAUGCUUUCCUCUUCUUGCUUUUCGAGAGCCUUAGGGGUCACCCGUCUGUGGUUCUUGAUACCCUUAAAAAUUUUUGCGAUCUUUUCAUUCCUCUGGACACACUUGGUAUUUUUAAAACAAAUGCAGGGGUGGUUGGUUUCUGUGGUCUUAUUUCUUCUCUUUUAGGCAUACUGUCAGUUCUGAGGCCUAACCUUAAAAUCAAGCCGUGAAAAACAAAGCUUCAUAAUUGAUGGUUUAUACAGCAACUUGAUCAAUAACUCAUUCUAACACUGGUACAACAUGCAUAAGGAGGAUAAUUGUUGCUAUAUAGAUUUUAAAGGACACUCCACUUUUUUUGAAAAUAGGCUUAUUUUCCAGCUCCCCUAGAGUUAAACAUUUGAUUUUUACCAUUAUGGAAUCCAUUCAGCCAAUCUCCGGGUCUGGUGCUACGACUUUUAACAUAGCUUAGCACAAUCCAUUGAAACUGAUUAGACCAUUAGCAUUGCGCUCAAAAAUGACCAAAGAGUUUCAAUAUUUUUCCUAUUUAAAACUUGACUCUUCUGUAGCUACAUCGUGUACUAAGACCAACGGAAAAUUAAAAGUUGCGAUUUUCUAGGCCGAUAGGGCUAGGAACUAUACUCAUUCCGGCAUAAUAAUCAAGGACUUUGCUGCCACACCAAGGCUGCAGCAGGCGCAAUGAUAUUACGCAGUGCCCGAAAAUAGUCCCCUGCUAUUUAAAGUUACCAUGCUAAUGGUCUAAUCAGAUUCAAUGGAUUAUGCUAAGCUAUGCUAAAAGUGGUACCGCCAGAC